UCGCUGCACCGAGCGUAUCGCGCUCGCAAGACGCUGCUCGGAAGCGUUCACACGGCGACAAGUGCCUCCUUCUACGCUCUCUACUACGUCUACGUGACGAGCUCGGCAGCGACCUUUCCCGGCCGCUCGUCGCUGCACCAGUUUCUCGCGACGGAGUGCAACGAUGGGAUGGUGCCGUGGGGUGGUCGGUACUGCGUCUACUGCGGCGCACCCAUGGGCCAAGCAGCCGUUGCGUCGCGGCGCUGGGGUGGCUGGACGUACCUCACGUGCAUGCCGUGCGCGACAACGUCGCUGGCCGGCGACGCCGUGCUCAUGUACCGCUUGCCGAACGAGGCUUUGGGCCUCUCUAGCACGCUCUAA